UGCAACGUAACAAAACAAAUAAAGAAACUAAAUUUUGUUCCUUCCUCUUCUACAGGCAAGUACGAUCUUUUGCUAUCUCUACAUUUUGCAGACAAAAGUUUUAUAAUGGUAUAUUCCUCUAAGAAGCUGUUCUUGUUCUUCCUCUCGUGCAUUAUGCUGAUUUUCAACUACAACACUAGUGGCAUCGUAACCACAGCAAAUAGCAUUGGCUUGAACUAUGGCCUCCUUGGAGAUAACCUCCCAGCACCGUCCAAUGUACUCAACCUUUACAAGUCCAUAGGCAUUACAAAAAUCCGAAUCUUCGACCCGAACACAGAGGUUCUUAACGCCUUACGCGGCCACAACAAUAUUGAAGUCACGGUUGGCGUGAGGGACCAGGACUUGGCUGCUCUUGCAGCUAGCGAAGAAGCUGCUAAGGACUGGGUUGCAACCAACAUCGAGCCUUACUUAGCCGACGUCAACAUUUCGUUCAUUACUGUUGGUAAUGAAGUCAUCCCCGGACCAAUCGGUCCUCAAGUGCUUCCGGUCAUGCAGUCUCUCACCAACCUCGUCAAGUCGAGGAAUCUUCCGAUCGCGGUAAGCACCGUGGUGGCUAUGUCAAAUCUUAAGCAAUCAUACCCACCUUCCGCUGGAAAGUUCACGUCCCAAGCGCGAGAACAACUUGUCCCCGUGCUUAAACUAUUGUCUCAAACAAGUACGCCUAUUCUCGUCAAUAUUUACCCUUACUUCCCUUACGCGUCUGACCCAACGAACAUCCCUCUCGACUAUGCUACCUUCAACAUUGAGGUCGUCGUGGUCCAAGAUGGACCAUUGGGCUAUUCAAACAUGUUUGAUGCAAUCUUUGACGCAUUUGUGUGGGCCAUGGAGAAGGAAGGCGUGAAAGAUUUACCUUUGGUAGUGUCCGAGACGGGAUGGCCAUCUGCCGGAAAUGGGAACUUAACCACACCGGAUAUCGCGGGUACCUACAAUAGAAAUUUUGUGAAGCAUGUACUAAGCGGAAAAGGAACGCCUAAGCGACCCAACAAUGGAAUGGAUGGGUUUCUAUUCGCAACGUUCAACGAAAAUCAAAAGCCGGCAGGGACUGAACAGAAUUUUGGGUUGUACAAUCCUAGUGAUAUGAAACCCAUCUACAAGCUAUUUUAAGUGUGAAAGUUGCUUAGACUUUCCCGAUUCACUAGUUGUUAGUGAACUAAGUAAAAUUAACACAUACUAAGCUAUUGGCUUAUGUGGAAGUGAUGAGAUCUGGUAGGGAGCUUGGUUGACUUUGUAAUAAAUCUGAAUUUGGUAG